UAAACUAUCUGACGGUUAGAACGAAAAUUUCGUUACGAAUAUUUUCCAAGAAUUGCACAUUUUGAUCAUCGAAGAGUCAAUCAUAGUUGUGAUAUACUAUAAAAAGUUAUUAAUCUAACGGAGGAGCCUGUGUGUUUCUAACUUCGAUAACGAAAGUAGCGAAAAUAGUCGCGUGUUAAAUAAGUAAUAAUGAAAAGUUCGACGAUUCUUCGAUUACGUUACGGCAUAAAAUAAUAGAAUAAUACACGGUACACGAAAUCAAAAACCAGAUCGAGACGUCUUUGUUGUUCUCAUCGAUAUUCUACGCACGAACAGUAGCAAGCAAGAUUCCAGAGAAAUGCUCGCAACACGUUGCGAAUAUAUAACAAUGUUCGUGAAUUGCUAAUAAUAAUGUGAAGAGCUGUCUGGUCUAUAGCGUGUCUAUGCCGUUUCAUGAAUAAUAAUAGCACGUGCUUUACAUAGCCUUGUUUCGAAAGUGAUACAUCUCGAAAGCAUUAGUUUUUCGAAAAAAAAAAAAAAAAGAAAAUAAAGAACCAUUUCUGAACGUAAUAAACAACAGUACGUUAGUUAGUUAAUUAAUUUAUCAACUGGAAGGCUGAUGUUCGUCAAAUAUCUUACUUGCAUAUCAUGUGCAAGGUUUUUAUAAUAUUUAGCCCAUAACUCGAAAAGACAGUAAUUUCCAUGAAUGUUUGACUUGAAUGGAACUUUCACGGUCAGCGAGUUCGCUAAGAAAUUAUAGCGGCAGUUUAAGAAUUAAAGAAUAAAAGAAAACACACGUUUCUCAUUUUGCAAACUGAAUACGAUGCCGUUUAAAAUAUCCUCGAUUUAAUCCGUGUGCUAAUUUUACCGAUAUUAACAGGUGUAACUUCUUAUUCCCGCAUGAAUAAACGAGAUCGAGCGCUCAUUUUGUCGAAUGAAUUAUGGAUUGGCGAUGAUUCCACGAUUUUUAAAUGUUACAUAUCGAUGUAUGAAAAUCCGAUUGAAAUAGUCAGCAUCAUGAAGAUCAUGGGAAGAAUUUUUUCUUUAAGCGAAUGCACGGGAAAAUUUACAUUUCCAUUAAUUCCAAUUAUUUAAUAAGAUUAAAUAAAAUUUAUAAAUAUUAUCGAAACAUAGCAUUCCCCGAAAUAUGGCAUCAGACGUCGCAUCGGUGUCUGCCUGGUUCCAAGGUCGAAACGUGUUCGUCACAGGUGGUUCUGGAUUUAUGGGAAAAGUCCUAAUUUACAAACUGUUGUUGAGCUGCCAUGACCUUGGAAACAUUUACGUCUUGAUCAGGAAGAAGAAAGAUGUCGAUCCACAAUCACGGUUGAAGCUCAUGAUGCAGGAAAUUCCAUUUAAAAUGAUUGAAGAAAAACAUCCUGAGAAAUUGAAAAAGAUUAUAUUGAUACCAGGUGAUACAACUUGUAAGGAUCUUGCCUUAUCGACUGCCGAUAAGCAGAGAUUAAUGGAUGAAGUCUCUGUUGUCUUCCACAUGGCAGCAAACGUCAAGUUUGACUUAACGCUUAAAGAAGCGGUAACGAUAAAUACUUUAGGUACCAAAAAUGUUACAAAUCUUGUGAAACAGCUGCCUCAUUUAAAAUCCUUCAUUCACGUUUCUACUUCGUACUGUCACUGCAAUGAGCCUGUACUUGAAGAAAAAUAUUACCCGUGCAAUAUGGACCCCGAUGAGAUCAUAGAAAUGGUAAAUACUAGACCAGAUGACUUUCUGGAACUAAUGACACCGACAGUGCUACAAGGAUUACCGAACACCUACUCCUUUAGCAAGGCACUCGCUGAAGAUUUGGUGCAGAAAUCUGGCGUGCCUGCAGGGAUUGCAAGACCUUCGAUAGUGGUUGCAUCAUGGAAAGAACCAAAACCCGGUUGGGUAGAAAACUUGAAUGGACCAACAGGUUUAAUGGUAGCUGCUGGAAAAGGUGUAGUUCGAACGGUGCUUUGUAACUACGAUUACAAAAUGAACAUAAUUCCCUGUGACAUGGCAAUUAAUGCAAUUAUCGUACUAGCAUGGAAAGUAGGGCGAGAAAACGUUAAGAAACCACUAUUUAUGAACGUUACCGAUGAUACUGAAAACUCAAUUUCUUGGGGUUGGGCUGUAGAUACUGGCAAGAAAUAUACCGUAAUGUAUCCCUUUUCAGGUGUGCUUUGGUAUCCAGGUGGAAGUCUCACUACAUUAAAGUGGUUUCACUGGUUACGUGUGAUCUUAUUUCAUUAUAUACCUGCACUUUUCAUAGAUAUUUUAGUUCUUCUAACUGGAAACAAACCGUUUUUAAUAAAAGUGCAUAACAGAAUUAAUCUUGGUAUUAAACUGAUACAAUAUUAUACUACCAAACAAUGGAACUUUCCGAACGACCGUAUGAAAGAAUUACAGUCUGAAAUGAAUUCCUCCGACAAAGAAGAGUUCUUUAUGGAUACAACAGAAAUAGAUUGGGAUGAAUACAUGUCAAUCUAUAUAUUAGGCACCAGACAGUAUUGUUUGAAAGACGAUCUUUCUACUAUGCCUCGUGCACGAAAAGUUCUUAAUUAUUUGUAUUUCGCCGAUUGGUUCGUUAAAAUUGGCUUCGCGAUUUUCUUCGCGUGGUUUAUAUAUUUGUGGAUAUACUCGUUUGAAGAACGAACUGCGGCCGUCUUUGAGGUUAACGAGAUCUAAAUUUCCCGAGAUUUAAAUAUUCUAAAAUAAAUUCAAACCGACCACUCAAUAAGGCAAUAUUUGUUUAUUUUUAUUUCUUUUUGUUGAUGAAAUAAAAAACAUUUACAAAUAUUUCUAGGCUGAAAUAUUUAAUUAAGGUGUAGGCGAAAAUUUAGGCGAAAAUAAAUGUAUAUAGGGUAAAAAUAUGUUGGCUUUUUAUAACUUUUAAAAUUGUUUGAAAAUAUAAUAUUAAGACGAA